AUGACUCCAUUCGACGACAAGGGCUUCCCUGUAAUUCAGCUUUCCAACGAUGGCUGGUCCACCGACGAGGAAGCUACCGCGACCUGUUUCUGUGGGGCUGUACAGCUGGUCUUGCCUCUUCGAAAACCUGGCUUAGUCAACCGUCACAUCUGCCACUGCACCGACUGCCGCAAGAUCGGCUCCGCAUUCUAUCAAUCCAACAUCACUGUAGCAGAUUCCUAUCUGAAACACAUCCGUGGCGAAGAUAACCUCACAACCUUCAGCGAGGACAAAACAAUUCGUGCUGGAGCGCUUAUGACGAAUUACUUUUGCAAGACGUGCGGAACGCUGAUGUAUCGUCGCGGUGCUCGUUUUCCUGGGAUGACUAUUUUGCGUACUGGGACUGUUGAUGAUCUUGCUUUGGCAGAGACUAAAUUGAGACCGCAGGUAGAACAGUUUAUCGAGAGGAGAGUUGCGUGGUCGAUACCAACUGAAGGGGCGGCGCAGGUAGUGGGAAUGCAUCAGCCUGAGGACAUCGAGAAUAUCCCAUAG